AAAAAAAAAAAUUAUAUAUGUCCUCCGAAAAAUAAAUUCCAACUCCACCACUAAUUGUGACACAAAAUUAUGCUAGAUUAUGUGUCUUUAGUUUUACUAUUAAAAGAACAGUGCUUGAGUUAGACCAGAAUGAUUGAAGGUUGUAGAGAAAUUGGACAAUAAUUAAUGACCAACACAGGGUACAAUCAUUAUAGAGUACAACCCAAUAUUAAAAAGAGGAGUACUUGGAUCAAAUGUUCUUCAGAAAUAUUAGACAGUGAUAAAUGAUCCAAAAAUUCCAUUAACACCUAAUAAAUCACAAUUUUUGUAAUAAUUGUUCAUUAGAUAGAUUGUGAGUGACAGAAAAAAAAAAUGGUGAGUUUAUGUAAAAGUAAUAUGCAAUCAGAUACAAUCUAUUAGAAUAAUUGUAAAAAAAUUUAUAACAUUUUAUGUGGUAUUAGAAUUACUCUUAUUGACCAAUAUAGUCUAUUCAUAAAAAAUAAAAAAAAGAUUAGUCUCAAAUAUAGGUGGUCCCUAUAGGUGGUCUUUUUUUUUUUAAGAGAAUAUCAGGCAAUAUUUGAAUUUGUUGCUAAACGUGGAAAACGUGCUUCAGCCAUGAAUGUAAUAAUAUUAAUAAUAAUUUCAGAUGUGCCAUGCUUUAUGUCGCACAUUUGUAUAAGAAGGUUUGGAACUACUUGUAGAGUAGUGGAAGCAAAAGCCUAAAAGAGAGAGAGAAAAAAAAGUGUUGUGAGAGAGAAGAAAUGGAAAGGAGGCCAAGCAGUGCGAAAGGUGUAAUCAGAGGAGCAUGGUCUGCAUGGGAAGAUAAGAUCCUUAAAAACUACAUUAAAAUCCAUGGAGAAGGGAAAUGGACAGACCUGCCUCAAAGAGCUGGGCUGAGGAGAUGUGGGAAGAGUUGCCGGCUUCGUUGGUUGAAUUAUUUAAGGCCAGAUAUUAAGAGAGGCAACUUUUCUAAGGACGAAGAAGAUCUCAUUAUCAAACUACACAAGCUUCUUGGUAACAGUUGGUCACUCAUUGCUCGGAGAUUACCGGGACGAACUGACAAUGAGAUAAAAAAUUACUGGAACACCAUUUUAAGCAAGAGGGUGCAAGAUGACAAGAUUCAUGGACAAAGUAGUAGAAUAUUAAAAUCCAUUGGAAGGAUAAGAAAGUUGACAUCAGACUCUAAUCCAGGAAUAAAACUGGUUUCUCACCCUGUGAUUCGUCCAAAAGCAAUGCGGUGCACAAAGGUUAUCCUCCCAUGGCAACCGGAUAAUAAUCAAAUGUUCAAUGAAAAUAUAGUUCCUUAUGGGAAUAGUGAAAACCUAUUUCCUUCAGUUCAACCGGAGAAUAAUAUCUCUGACUUUCUGAAAGAUUUGGAUAUAAAUUACCUUUUGAGAUCGAAUGUGCAAAAUUCAGAUGGCCACCAAACCAAUGAAAUCAAUGUACGUAACAUUGUGUUGGAUUUGCCAGUUUCUAGAUGCGAUGCCAAGUUUAAAGAUUUAAUGGAUGAAGGGAAGCCUGAGAAUUGGAGGGCUACAAAUCUUUUUCAGCCAAAUGAAGCUAUGGAUCUUAGCACAUUGGCUUCUUUUCUGGAUUCAGAAGAUGCAUGGAUUAGCUAAAAGUAAACAAGAUGCAUAACUAAGCCCAUUAUCUUCAUGAAUAAUUGGUGCCCGUUGCUGUUAGCAUUUUCUUAUGUUGUGGGUUAGUAUUGUCAUCUAUGUGUAUCUAAUUAAAUCAUGAAUAGUUGGAGUGUAUUUUGCUUGGCAUCUGUUGAACCCAAUAAUGGAUAAUGCUCACCACAUGUUAAUAUUAGACAUUUUUCAGUUGCAAA